CAAAAAUAAACGGUCUUCAAAAUUUUAAUGGCGUGUCGCGAAGUCCUAGAAAUUAGAGAAAAACAAGAGUUUUAGAAACGAUGUCAAUUUUCAAUGAAUUGUUAUGUAAAAUCAGUGAUCUUUCCAAUAAAUAUACUAAAAAGUUUAACGAAGAUCUUGAGGAAGCGAUACAAUGCUUGGAUAAGUUUGAGGAAGAAAUUUUAAACAAUAAAAGGACGCGAGAGAAACUACAGAAAAAAAAUGCUACGACGACUCUGCAGAGCAUACACGAGGAUGAUGAUGACACAACACAAGCUCUUAAAGAGAACAAAAAUGAGAGUAAUGCAAAAGAAAAGUCACAAAGAGGUUCUAAGAAACGGAGCAAAGGCGAAGUGGAUGAUAUGUUCAGCCCCGAACAAGACAAGAGGCAGAAGCGGAGCGCAUCAGUUAAAGCACAAAGUGUGAUAAGCAAACAGGUCAAUGUAAAUCUAAACCAGAAACUUAGACGGGAGGAUGAGAAUGCAAAGACAAAAGGAAACAAAGCUAAAGACGACAACAAGGAGAACACAGAACCUUCACUUAUACAGAUCAAACAAGAGAAAAUCUCGCUCCCCCCUGAGCCAGAGCCGAUGGAUAUGGAGUCACUGAAUGUUGAUAUCAAGCAGGAGGUGAAUAGAGAUGAAAUUACCAUGCCACCACCCAUGGCACCAGUACCAAAGCCACGCAAAGGUGCUCCUAAAGAGAAACCUGCUGAAAAUACCGAAGAAGAGACUGGUAGAAGCAGACGAACCACAAGAACUAGAAAACAGACUGACACUGUUGAGCAGCCCAUACGUCAAUCGAGUAGAUCUACUAGAGCGAGCUCCCGUGCCAGUUCUCGUACAGAAAAAGCCACAGACUCUGAAGAGCCCGCACCGGCCGAAACAAGACCCAAGCGGACUAGAACUAAGAGGGCAGUGGCGGAUUCUUCAACCGCAAAUAACGAUAAAGAAACACAACCAGAGAGUGUCACAGCUUCUCCAGCAGAGAAACCCAGACCAAAACGGACAAGAAAAGGUCAAAAAGCGGCAGAAAAGCCAGUCGAAAAGCCUGUAGAACCAGAGCCUGAACUGGAACCGAUAAUAUCACCAAAGAUGGAGAAAUUAUCUGAACCACCUGUUUCCAUGUCACCACUUUUACCCGCCAAGAAAACCAACAAAAUCAAGGAAAAUGGCAAAGUUAACGCUAGCAAUACAAAUGUUGAAACAGUGUCGGAAACCUUAGAUGCCACAAAAAUUAUAAGUCAGAAUAUGAAUACUACAGUGACCAUCUCAAAUAACUUGGACGCAACAAUGGUUCUACCAAACGGAGUGUAUAAUCACGUUCCUGUUACGCCGAAAGCUGUCCAAAUGAAUGAGACCAUGGUACUGGAGACCAACAACGAGACCAUCGUAAUUGAGAAACAACCAGAAAAGGCCAUCAUGGACGCUACUGUUGUUAUAGAGAAAGACACCAAAGCACCUAACGUGACCGAUGACAACUCUCUGCUGACGGACGACAAUGACUCGGUGCAUGCAGGCACACCUCCUAAGCAACCGCCUAAACCUCAGCCUAUAUCUGCUGUGAAAGAGAAAGUGCAGCAGUUUGAAGAGAUGGCGACGCGGCAGACGAGAACCAAAACACGAGCCAUGGCUAAGAAGGAGGAGCAAACAGAGAACCAAACACCCCCAGACAAGGUAUCGAAGGCCAUCUUGACAGCAGAACAACUGAGUCUCAUGAACAACAUGAUUUUCAACAGCAAACAACCACAGAUAUCAAGUUCAACGUCAAAGUUGAACGCUUAUACUAAGCCGGUAAAGAACAACGUCACUGCCUCAGCGUCCAAGGUGAGCUACAACAGAACGAAGGACUCGGUUGAGGAGCAGAGAAGAGAGAAAGAAGACGCCAGAAGGAAGAAGGAGGCUCUUCUAGAAGCUAAACGGGAGAUGCAGAAAAAGAAACGCGAGGAGAAAAUGGCGGCGGCGGCCGCGGCGCGGCUGGCGGCGGAGCGCGAGCGGCGUGCGGCGCAGGAGGCGGCGGCGCGCGGCAAACUCGAGAAGAUGGCGCACGUCGACGCCGGCAAACUGGAGAGGCUUAAGGAGGUUGAGAAGAAAAAGUUGGAGCUGGCUCGCAAAGUCGCGGAGACGGAGGAGCGGCGGCGCGCGGACGAGGCGGCGCGCGCGCAGCGGGCGGCCGAGCUGCGACGCGCUGAGGAGACGAGGCAGAAACAGCUGCAUGAGGCUGAGGCACUUAAAAAGGAGGCUGCCCUUAUGGAUAAGGAAAUUGAGAGGCGACAGCGUGAGUUUAUGGAAAAGCAGAAGUUGAAACAAAAAAUGGAGAACAAAUGUAAAAUGCUAACGCCGCUGAAGACGCCGGGCACGCCAAACGGCAUGCUGCCGCCCGUGGAGCCCGUCUACAUGGCGGACGGCUUCGAGUACCUCAACUCUGAUGAGGAGCAGGAACCAGCCGAGCGGCCCAUACCAGCCUGGUCUACGCCCAAGGUGUGGCGAGCGCGUCUGGCAGUGCAGUCCCGGGUGGCGACGGAGGUGGUGGACAGACUGUUCAGCGUGCGCGCGCACACGCCCGACCUGCGCGAAAUAUUCCCCGGCAUAGAGCGUGCGCGCCUCAAGCGUACCUCGUCCGCCGUGUGGCGCACCCCGCCGCAGCGGCUGCCCGCGCUCGCUGAGUGACGGUCCAAAGAAGCUAGGCGCUGGCGGCCCUGUGUAAAUAUUGCUGUGUUGCCGAUGGUUUUACAAGGUGUAUAGAAAACAUUUGCAACAUAACGUUAUUGUUGUAUGAAUUACGCAUUUGCGGAAUUUGGAAUGACUCGGAUUAAUAUACUGAAGGCUCUGUUAGUUAGUAAAUUAUUAGGAGUACACACCAUUUUCUCCUUGUAUGCCGAUUAUACAUACAUAUACUUUGUAUAAUGCUAUAUUAUACGCAAUUGAAAUAUCCUAUGAACCAAGGAUUAUUUUCUCUUAAAAGUUUAGGAACAAAAAAUACAGUCUUGUCAAUGUUUUACUUUUUAACGACAGAAAAAAGGCAGAUACUAGCGAAAGUGUUUUAGUGAAAGUAUUAUUUGUUGUCUUGUUAUUCUAAUGGGCUGUUUACACUCAGACACUGUUGCUGCUUCUCCCGCUGCCGAAAAUAUUUCCCUGAAUACUUCUGCUGCUCAAGUGAGCGUGACAAGUGUCGCGUCUCGCAGCGGCAGCGGCAUGACGAGUGGCAGCGCGAGUGACAUAUUUACUGCUCUGCUCACUUCCUGUUCAAUUCCCUGCCCAACAUAGCUGAGUGUAAAUGUCGCAAUAGACUUGGCUACAUCACACGUGUUGACAGAGAAAAGGAUGUAUUGAAUUUUUGAUUCUGUGUCUUCCUCAACUCACUACACAAGUCCCAUGUUUUGGUUAGAUAAUGUAACUUCGUAUAAUUGUAGUUCUAAUGUAGGAGAUCAAAAUAAAGGAGCAAGCAAAUCUAUUCUGAUAUUUUUAAGAAAAAUUUUCAAUUACUAAAUGUGUGCCUUUGAAAAAAUAUUUUACUGUUUGUAUUAGUGUUGUUUAGGUUUAGCUACGAAAUUAGUAAUAUAUUAUUAUAUCUAUAUGUCACAGUUAAAUUAAGGAACUCAAAAUUAUCUUCUCAAAAUCGUGUUAUUGUUGAAAUAGGUGGAAAUAUUAAUAAAGUAACUACGCCCUAAUUUAAAGUUAUAAUAUUUGCCUGCUUUUAUGUAUAAUAGUAAUCUGUUUCGUAUCACAGAUCUGCGCCAACUGUUGUCGACCAAAUGGGACUAUUUUAAACGCAAUAAAUUAUUUAAUGUUUAACCUUAAACCUGAUAGUUCUACUGUUGAAAAUAAUGUCUAGAUCAUAAUAUUAUGAGCUAGUGCUUUUAAAUUAAGACUGCUAUCAGAUAUGUAUGGAGUUUGUAUUGUAGGUAGUAUAAAUAUUU